AUGCCAAUUGAAAUUAAAGACACAGGAGAAUCUGUUAUCGAAACACUUAUAUCAAACUAUAUUAGUCAACCCCAUAAUUACACUGUCAAGGAACUUCCUGAUACUGAAUUACCUUCAACUAAUCCAAUUCCAAAUCCAACAUGA